CUACAGCGCGGAGACGGCACUCCUGCGGCCUGACACAACCACUCCCACCUGCACACACACACACAUGACAGCCAUGAGAGCACAACAAGAGAUGAGAGAUGACCUCCGCCGUGUAUGUGUGUGUGUGUAGGUCUCGUACCUUCCUCCUCCCAGGCAAGAAGCGGGGAGUCGUAGAUGGAUGGAUGAGUGAAUGGGCGGCGGCUGACUGCAGCCGGCCUGCAGAAGGACAACAGGCAGACAGAGAGACAGACGAGGAGCUCAGAGAGGUCGACCACAUGUGUCUGUCACGUGUGCACAUGUGUGAGUGUUCGCGUGUGUGUACCUGGAUGAACAAACAUGCCGGGCGGGCCAGCAAACACACCACACCACACACAGCGGCCUUCCCGCAACCUGAAGCAGCCAACCGACCAAAGACAUCCGUGUAUUGCAUGUGUGUGCGUGUGUGCGCCAAGUGCAUGUCCGUACGUACAGCCCUGCCCUGCGUACUUACCGGUCGGUGGAGUGUGCAUGGGAGGGGGGGAGGGAAGAAAUGCGUAUCAU